AUGAGCGCCGUCAAGAACCUUCGCGCCAUGUUCGAGCAGAAGGGCGAGACGAGUCCCCCGGGCAGAGGCAGGUCGCCUGGCAUCCUUCCAAACGUCUCCGGCGACUCCCCCCGGCCUCUCUCCAAGAUUCGGACGAGCUUCGUAGCGAUUGAAAAGGACGGUAGGAUGGGCCUUACACGCGAAGGAAGCCAAGAUUCGAUCUCUUCUGCACGCAAGAACAGCGGCGACCACAGCGCCAGCCACGUCGGCACCCCUAUUACUGGGGUAGAGAAGCCGAAUCCGUUCGACGCCCCAGCCAAGUCACCGGGACAGCUUGGUCUUGUCUCAGCGAACCCUUUCCUACAAUCUUCCCGGGUAGACACUCCACGAUCCAACCCUGCGAGUAGCGCAAGCACAUCGCCCACCCCGGCUGUUGAUACCGUGAAGCCCGAGCCCACGCCGGUUGUGCCGGUGGAACCGAAAAAGUUGGAAGUUAACAGCCCAGAAGAGAAAGUGGAAGAGAAAGUAGAGGAGAAGGAGAAGGAGAAGGCAAAGGAAAAAGAGCCGGAGCCAGAGGAAGAGAAGGAGAAAGAGAAGAACAAGAAGGAGACGGCAAAGGAGGCCGUGAAGGAGACAGCGAAGGAGACGAAGAAGGAAACGGAGAAGGUUCCUGUGCUCGUUGCCGAGGCUCCUAAACCAGAGCCAUCGAAGCCAGCGGCAAGUGAUAAAGAGGCACCAAAAGUGACGACGAAGAAGGGAGCUGAGGCCAACAAGCCUCUUCCGCGCGCAGCUAAGCCAGCACCAAAGCCCCUCGCAGUUGCGCCUGCAAACAAGACGACGGUUAAGCCAGAAAAGUCGCCCAGGGGCCCCCGGACUCCCCCGGCGACAGUGACAACACAUGCCAUCGCAAGCAAAAACACGCCCGACAGGAGGAUAACUCCCGCCGAGAAACACACUACCCCGAGAGCGGCUUCGACUAACAGGGCUGGCCCCUCGUCCGCUCGGAAGCCACCCCCGCUUCAGUCCUCACCCGCCCACACCGGCUUUGUGAAGCCGAAGGUCAAAUCGCCUACGCGCCCCGUCAAGCUGCCCCCAGGUUUGACGACCCAUACCGCAUCCUCCGGCUCGAAAGUGAACGCCUCGCGCCAAACCUCGCCCCGCGCAAGCGAUGCCCACGGUCGUCCGGCUAGCCGGGCGAGCGGCUCAACGGCCGACAGCGGUUCGACCCGCGCCGCCUCUACCACGCGGGGUCUCGCUCGCCAGGGCUCAACAGCGGCUAAGCGGUCGUCCUCGACCCGGCCUAGUCUCGGCCCCCCCCCAAAGCAACCUGCCAAGGACCACCCUCCGAAGAGGGAGAAGGAGGUUGACCAAGGUUUCCUAGCGCGCAUGAUGCGGCCGACCGCGGCAUCAGCGUCCAAGACUACCGGGAAGGUUGUUCACCACCAUCAUCCUACCAGCCCCCCGAGGCGGAAUGGCGCGACUAACGUGGCCGCGGCGAGGAAGCCCGCUGUCAAGAAGACAGCCGCCACCUCGGCCGCGAGGUUAUCAUCCCAAGCCCCGACCGCGAAUCGUGUUGCUGCAGAGGCUGAGCACGCCACUACUGCGGACGAGGCGAUUGGUGUGGCCACGGCGGUUGAGGGUGAGGUUUCCCUAGCUGCUGAGACGGACCUGGCGGGCUCGUCUACCUCUACUCACGAGAUGGCGCCAGUUGUGGAGCAGAGUGAGGCGGUGGAGGAGGUGGUUGUUGCUUCUGUUGAGGCUGACGAUGAGGUUGUCGAGAGCGAGGAGCCGGGCGUUGCCGAUGGCGAGAUCCCAACCGAAGAGAAGGCCGAGGCCGGCGACGACGAGAAGCCGGCUGCCGCAUAA